AUGCCUGCACAUAAUGAACAACUUCGUGCCAGUGUGUCUAUUUUGUUGAUUGCCCACUGCCUAGGAAGGAGGUUCAACAUUGGGACUAUUAAAGGUAUAACUGUACAAAUCCUACUUGAUACAUUUGAUAUCAUAGGAAUGGUUCAUUAUGGGAUUGCUGGAAGUUCUAAUGAUUCAGUGUACAUUGGUGAUGUUAGUGUCCCAAAUUAUGUUGCCUAUACAGGAUCUUGGACAUGGAAGAAAGAAUAUGCGCUCUACUUAUAUUUUGGUUCAGAAAUGGUCGUAUGUUUGAAGCACCUGGAAUUCAGGUCAGCAGAGGAGAAUGUAACAGAAUUGAAUUUUGGUAAUUUCAACUUCCCUGAGAAGGGAGAGAAUUUGUUGGCAAUGAUAGACUUCACUCCACAGCAAUUGUACUCUGUUGGAAAACCAAUGGAAGAGGUUUUUUGGCUUCCAAUUGAUCCAAAAUUAUUCAAUAUUGCUUCUGAACUUCAGGAUGUAAAGCUAAAACAAUGUGUCAGUGAGACAUAUUGUCUACCUGAAACACCAAAGGUUGUAUAUGGAUUGAGAGGUUCUACUGCAGAUAUAUACCUUGACAAUGCAGCUUAUAGAGAAUUUCUCUUCAAAGCAUUUAAUGUCUCAACUGUUGAUGAAGAGAGCGCUGCAAUUGUAAUGAUAUCUCUAUCAAAUGGAGUGCCUUGUAUUGUGUUUCGUGGUGUAUCAGAUUAUGCAGGCGGAGAGGGAUUACUGUCAUCAACGAGCCUUACUUAUUUGGCUGCUGUGAAUGCUCUCAGUGUUGCUGUUGAGUUUAUUGGAUUAUUUGGCGAGGAGCUCCACGACCACUGA